AUGAAAUUCUGCUUCUCACGGAAGAAGUCUGCGUUUCGGGUGUUGCUGACUGUUCAAUCCCUCUCCCUUGGUUGGAGUUUCAACAACCCAAUAGACCAUUUUAGCCAGCAUUUGCGACGAGCAGCUCAUCAGAAUCAAGAGGUGGGUUCAAUAAACCUAGGUUUGUCUGCAUCCACACCUCCCACAUCCAUUGCACCUAGUAGCUCUCCUAUUCUGUUACGCUCGAAGACUCCUGUUGAUGAUCCUACCCUUCAAAUUGAUGAGUUUAGCACUGUAGUGCUAAUGAAGAGCGUGGGUGACAGUGGUCGUCACAAGCGCCCCAUCCAGUAUAGUUUAUUUCGAGGUGGCCUCCGUGAUGAGGAUUGCCGCCCACCUACAAAGAGACUCAAAACUCUUCAAACUACGUGGAACUCUACUCCUGAACCGUCCUCAGAAGCUACAAACUAUCUUAAUGAAUGCAUGCUCGAACUGUCACGUAUCACUCGUCGGGCUAUCGCCACAAGAAUGCGGUACCAGCGCCUUUGCUCCCGCGAGCUAGAUCUCAUAAAGUCCAUUCUUGAAGACGAACAAGACUUGGCACAAACACAGAUGAAGGGUUUUGAUGUACAAAUAGGUUCUCUCCGCAACAUACUUCAGGAUGCAGGAGUUAUGGCGAUAGGAAACAAAGGUUGUAGAUCUGAGCCUAGCGAUAUUGGGCCAUGGUGUGAAAGUUCCUCUGAUGAGUCGGAUGGACCUGGGCCGGCUCCAAUGGUCUCUAAAUCCCUUCACAGUUCAGCAUGUACAUCAGAUUUGGAAGAAUAA